AUCGCAUUGGGAUUUGAUCAUGAACUCCCAACAAGACCCAGGUCCUGCAGCAGGCACCCGUUACGGUACUUCGUUCUCGCAACCGCCAAAGGAGAUCAUGGAAUACAGCUGCGCGGGUUUGUGGAGACCUAGUGACUGUCGCUCGUUUGAUGACAUGGGCAGAUUGUGGGGCUACCAACGAGAUCAAAGCCCGGGAACCUAUACGGUGUCGCGAAUGUGGGCAUCGCAUCAUGUAUAAGAAAAGGACGAAACGAAUGGUACAAUUUGAAGCACGGUAACCACCGCUCGCGGAGGCUGCGCGUAGCGCCCAUCUCAGGUUAUCUGUAUCAUAGGAUUCAUAGCACAAUCGCUGGCAUUGAUCAUGUCUCGAAUUACAUCUCAUGUCACCAGAGCCCCAAGUGUCUAACCCACAAGUUCAGCACACAUGUCACAACCAUCCGAUCCA